UCCGACAUUCCAGGGGGGCACCACCUCCCCUCCAAGAUCCGCCUUCUCCGGUCGCUCCACCCAAUUCGUCCUCCUCCCUGCCUCCCUCCUCGCCUCCCGAUCUCGACAUGAGCGACGCCACCACGGCCCCCGCCGGAGCCGGAGACCACACCGCCGCGCAAAAGCCACCGGCCGCCCCGUCGCCAGAGGCAACGGCGGUCACCCGGCGGGGCGGCAGCCAGGCGGCGGCGCAGCAGCAGCAAUCACGGCUGGACGACGACCAGCUGGAGGAGCUGCGGGAGAUCUUCCGCUCCUUCGACCGCAACGCCGACGGCAGCCUCACGCAGCUGGAGCUGGGCUCCCUUCUCCGGUCCCUGGGCCUCACGCCCAGCACCGACCAGCUCGACGCGCUCAUCUCCCGCGCCGACACCAACUCCAACGGCCUCGUCAAGUUCUCCGAGUUCGUCGCGCUCGUGGCCCCCGACCUCCUCGCCGACCGAUCCCCAUACUCCGAGGACCAGCUGCGGAAGCUCUUCUCCAUCUUCGACCGCGACGGCAACGGCUUCAUCACCGCGGCCGAGCUCGCGCACUCCAUGGCCAAGCUCGGCCACGCGCUCACCGUCAAGGAGCUCACGGGGAUGAUCAAGGAGGCCGACACCGACGGCGACGGCCGGAUCAACUUCCAGGAGUUCUCGCGCGCCAUCACCGCCGCGGCGUUCGACAACAUCUUCUCCUGACCGGCCGAUUCCCACGAUCCGCAUGCCUGCCGAUUCGUAUCUUGACCAUGCCAGUUUUCACUUUGUUCUUCUUUGUCUGGGAGGAGAUUAAUUUAGGAAGCUAUAGAGAUGUGGUGUUCUUGUGAAUAACAGACCAAAAAGUCAAUUUAGGGACAAAUUACAUGCAGGAUUGAUUGUGUUCAUCUAUUUCUGUCAGUGUUUGCUUGCAGCCAUGGACGACAUGCCCUUGCAUGUUUGCAUGGCAAUGGCAUAGAUUAGUUCUCCUCUGGCCAAGGAGGCAAGGAGGAGAAGAUGUUGGCAUGGCAUGAUCGUCCAGCUGGUGUGUGCAUCCUUGCUUGUGUUGUUCGUCGUCCUGGAUCUUCUUCUGGAAUGAUUGAUGAGUCUAUGCCUGGCAAUCAUCACCCUUUUGUGUUUGGAUUAAGUUAUUGAGGCAUUGACACUUUCUAAGGAGAGAACUUAAGGUAUUGACACGUUCGUCCUAACUUUUGCUGACGGAGUUUCUUAUGAGCUUUUGGACAACCAGGCAAUGCAUCAGGAUGGUCAGAUCCAAAUCGGAAGAAAGUCUCGAGAACCUGAAUUUAGUGAAGUUCCAAAUGAAAAGUUCAAACAUUUUGCAGAGUCUCCAAGCAUGAUCUUUGAUCUGGUCAGAAAGAUGUCAGCUGGUGCUUCAUUCUGUUUGGCCAGCAUGCUGGUCACAACUGGAAAAAUAUUUAAAGGCCAAUUACAAUAUGUAGUUUUAUCUGUGUUACAUCACCACCUGUUGCUGCCUUCAUGUAAACUACAAAUGACUUUUGAAGUUCAUAAAAUAGCUUGUUCUGCAUUGUUCUUUAUCGGCAAUGCAUGCAUAUUUUUUUGAACUAAGAAGAUUAAGAUAAAAGUUUGACUUUGGCCACAAAAGUAUGGUCGAGAAA